UGCGAUGGCUGCCAGCACAACACCAUGGGGCGCCGCUGCCAUCUCUGCAAGCCCUUCUACUACCGGCACCCGCGCUCCGAUAUCCGCGCUCCCACUGCCUGCAUCCCGUGUGACUGCGACCCUGCGGGAUCGCUGGAUGGCGGCGCCUGUGAUGCACACACGGACGUGGCGCUGGGCAUGAUCGCGGGGCAGUGCCGCUGCAAGGAGAACGUGGCCGGGCCACGCUGCGACCGCUGCCGGCACGGAGCCUACGGCCUCAGCCAGGGAGACCCUCAGGGCUGCCAGCCGUGCCGGUGUGACCCACGGGGCACGGUGGCGGGCAGCUCCCCCUGUGACCCCAUCAGUGGGGACUGCUACUGCAAGCGCUUCGUGGCCGGGCGCUCCUGCAGCCAGUGCGUGCCUGAGUUCUGGGGCCUGAGCUAUGAUGUAGGGGGCUGCCGGCCCUGCUCCUGUGACUUCGGGGGAGCUUACAGCAACCGGUGCUCCAUGGAGGACGGGGCCUGUCCCUGCCGCCCCCACCUCAUGGGCCGGCAGUGUGACCAGGUGCAGCCCGGCUUCUUCUGCGCACCCCUUGACCACUACACCUACGAGGCUGAGCAAGCCGUGGGCCACGGGCCCAGCCAUCCCCAGCUCCCAGGCGCCGUGCGGGCAGAGGUGCCCCAGGACUGCCCCCAGCACCGCAAUGGGGACCCAGUGGGGCGGAAGGCACGUGCUCGGCCCCAGCGCAGCCCUCCCCGCUCCCCCCAGCCCCGCGCAGCCCCACACCACAGCCUCCAGCAGCCCCCCAAGCCCGACGUGGAGCCGGUGCUGCGAGAUGGGGACGGGCGCAUGGUGACGUGGACUGGACUGGGGUUUGCCCGUGUGCGGGAUGGAGCCGGGCUGACAUUCCAUGUAGACAACGUGCCCUACCCCAUGGAGUACGAGCUGCUGCUGCGUUACGAGCCUGAGUCAGCCGAGGACUGGGAGGCUGUGGUGAGCAUCAGCUCCCGGGCGCUGCCCACCGGACCACGCUGUGGGAACCUGCUGCCCUCAGAGCAGAUGUACCACGAAGGCCUGCCCCACAGCCAGAGGUAUGUGCUGCUGUCCCGGCCCUUCUGCUUCGAGCCCAGUACCCCAUACGAGGUAACUGUGCGGCUGCAGAGAGCCAGCGUCACCCAGCGCCACCCCAGUGCCUUCAUCCUCAUCGACUCACUGGUGCUGCUGCCACGUGUGCCGGAGCUGCCGGGCUUCCACGGGGCAGCAGUGGAAGCGGUGCAGCGGCUGGAGGAGCUGGAGCGCUACCGAUGCCUGGAGGCUUUCCAUAUGGCCCCACCGCACACCCUGGCCGAAGCCUGCGCCCGCCUCAUCUGCAGCGUCUCAGCCGUGCUGCACGAUGGAGCUCUGUCCUGCCAGUGUGACCCACAAGGCUCCCGCAGCAGCGUGUGCCAGGUGCUGUCAGGGCAGUGUGAGUGCAAGCCCCAUGUCCUCGGCCGACGCUGUGACCGCUGCGCACCCGGCAGCUACGGCUUUGGACCCCUGGGGUGCAGCCCCUGCGCCUGCUCCCCGGAGGGCUCUGUGUCACAGCUGUGUGAUGCGGGCAGUGGGCAGUGCCGCUGCCAGCCGGGCGUUAUGGGCCGGCAAUGCGACCGCUGCCAGCCGGGACACUGGGGCUUCCCCAGCUGCCGGCUCUGCCAGUGCAACGGGCACACCGAGGAGUGCGACCUGCGGACGGGCAGCUGCCUGCGCUGCCGAGACCACACCGCCGGCCGGCACUGCGAGAGAUGCCAAGACGGUUAUUAUGGAGACCCGGUGCUGGGCUCAGGGCAGCAGUGCCGCCCUUGUCCCUGCCCUGGCUACCCCGGCACACGGCACUACCAUGGGAGCGCCUGCCAUGCCGACAAGGAGACCCACCACAUCGUGUGCCUCUGCGCGCCCGGAUACACCGGGCCCCGCUGCGACCGCUGCUCCCCGGGCUACUUUGGGACGCCGGAGAUGGAGGGAGGAGUGUGCCGGCCCUGCCAGUGCAACAACAACAUCGACACCAGCGACCCGGGGGCCUGUGACCCGCACACAGGGCACUGCCGCCGCUGCCUGUACCACACUGCUGGGCCCCGCUGUGCCCAGUGCCAGCCCGGCUAUUUCGGCAAUGCCCUGCAGCGCAGCUGUCGCCGCUGCAGCUGUGACCCGCGGGGAACGCUGUCUGCCCACUGCACCGCUGGCACCUGCAGCUGUGACCGCGCUACGGGAGCCUGCGCCUGCAGAGCCAAUGUGGUGGGCAGGAGCUGCGACCGCUGUGCACCCAACUUCUGGAACCUGGGGGGGAUGGAGGGCUGCCAGCCUUGUGGAUGCCAUGCCAUGCACGCCACGCACCCCGCUUGCGAUGAGGUCACAGGGCAGUGCCACUGCCACCUCGGCUUUGGUGGCCGUGUCUGUUCCCAGUGCCAGGAGAAUCACUGGGGAGACCCCGAGCUGCAGUGCCGAGCCUGCGAGUGUGAGCCACUGGGUGCUGAGAGCCCGCAGUGCGACCGAGCCAGUGGGCAGUGCCAGUGCCGGCCAGGCUUUGGGGGGCUGCGCUGCGACCGCUGCCAGCGGGGCUACCAGGCCGCCUUCCCUCGCUGCUCUCCAUGCCACCCCUGCUUUGGGCACUGGGACGCAGUGCUGGGCAGCCUGCAGGAUGGGCUGCAGCACCUUGGGGCACGGGUACGGGCGCUGCGUGAGGGAGGGUCUGCAGCCUCGCUCAGCCCCCGCCUGCGAGCACUGGAGGAGGCCCUGAAGCAUGCAGAGCGGCUGCUGGGUGAGGGGAGCAGCCCCAGUAGCCCCCUCCUGCAGGAGCUGGCCGGGCAGCUGGAUGGCAGCAGGACAGAGCUGGACAACUUCUGGAAGAGGCUUCAAGAGCUGGAGCAACACGUGGAUCAGCUGGAGCAGGCUGAUGUGCUGCACCGCAGCCGGCUGGCCAGGCUGAGCCAUGAGUUGGGUGGGCUCAACCAAACCACCUCCCGCCUGCAAGCUGUCUUCGGCACCGUGACAGCAGCAGGAUUCAGGGAGUCAUACCAGAGCAUCGUGGUGGCAGCACGGGACUCACGGCAGGCAGAGGUGGUGGCCAAUGGCACGGCAGGUGAGCUGAGUGCAGCACGGGCCACGCAGUGGGCAGCUGAGCAGGCCCUGCAGCAGCAGGGUGAUGCGUUCCGCCGGAGCAUGGCUGCACAGCGGAAAUCCCUGCGGGAGACACAGAAACGGGUGUCAGGGCUCAGCGUGGCCGGGAUCAAUGAGAAGAUUUGUGGGGCUCCUGGAGACCGGAGCUGUGCAGAAUCACUGUGUGGAGGAGCUCUGUGCCGGGACAGCGUGGGGAUGAGGCAUUGCGGGGGUGUGGGGUGCACAGGGGCCCUGCCUGUGUCAGCUCAAGCCCUGAGCAGUGCCGGCAAUGCCUCACAGCAGCUGGAGGUGGCCCUGGGACAGCUGAGUGCCGUGGCACAGAAGAUGCAGGAGGUUCAGGACCUGGCACGGGGUGCCCGCAGCCGUGCAGAGGAGGCGUUGGAACGCUCACAGGCUGCCCGCAGCCGCACAGAGAAGGCGACAGCACAGUUGCGGGACUUCAUCCGCCGCAUCAAAGCCUUCCUGUCAGAGGAGGGUGCAGAUCCAGGCAGCAUCGAGCUGGUGGCGCGGCAGGUGCUGAACAUCUCCCUGCCCAGCAGCCCUGCACACAUCCAGGAGCUGCUGCGGGAGAUGCAGGAGAGCAUCAGCCAGCUGGAUGGGGUGGACGCGGUGCUCAACGGCACGGCACAGGGGCUGGAGGCUGCACAGGGGCUGCUGGCACAGGGACAGGAUGCCAGGGAGCGAGCAGAGGGCAUGAGGGACGAGCUGGCAGGGACGCAGCUUGCACUGCAGGUGGCACGGGCACAGGUGAUGGCGGCUGGGAGCACCCUGCGGAGAGCCAAGGAUGGCAUCCGGGCUGCUGAGGGCAAAGCCAGGGAGGCGGAGCGCAGGCUGCAGGCGCUGCAGGGGAAGGAGUCACGGCUGCAGCGGCGGCUGCGGGAGCUGGCACAGCGCGUCACCGCCCUGCAGCAGCGCGGACAGGACGCCCGGCGCCUGGCACAGGAUGCCAAGGAUGGGGCGCAGCGUGCCACCGCCGCCUCGAGGACGCUCAGCCAGGACCUGGCGCAGGUGACUCGGCGCUACGUGGUGCUCAAGGACCGGGUGAGCGGGAUGGCAGGGAUGGCCGGCGGGGCCCUGCAGCGCGUGACGCGGCUGACGGCCGAGGCCAGGGACCUGCUGGAUAAAGCCAACAGCAGCAAGAAGCGGCUGGAAGAGCUGGAGCAGCACUUCGGGGCCAACGAGCAGGCGAUGGCGGCCAAGGCGACGCGGCUGCAGGCGCUGGAGCGGCAGGUGUCGGGGCUGCUGCAGGAGAUCCGCGAGCGGGCCAACGCGUACGCCACCUGCUAGGGAGUCCGACCCGCUCGGGACGCGGCCCCGCGCGGCGAGGAAGAAACCCGCGGGGUGUCUGUAGCGCCUGCAAAUAAAGCGCUGAGC